AUGUUUGAAAUGGACGACCACGCUGUUGCUAGCUUGAUCGUUGCCGUUGCUAACUUUGUGGAUCUGAAGGAGAACAUACCGGAGUACAGCGACCGCUUGAAGAAGGACCUUACCCGGAAGUCAAGAAGCGACAACCUCAACCUCCCGCUGCUGAACCCAGACCUCAUCAGAAAUACAUAUGCCAGUGCGGACUCCAUUUUUCUCAUCUGGAGUCUACUGUUGCGGCACAAAAACAUGAAUUUCCCCGCGCGCCGUACAAACCCGGCUUCUGCAGCCCCGGUGGAUGCACUCUCCGUUUAUGAGUGA